AUGGGAUUCUCCAUGUACAUCGGCCUCUGUUGCCUUGGAAUCUUGAUCACCAAUCCCUUUUUAGAAGUCAAGGCUGCGUCAUGCAACAGAGACUGGCUGCAGAAACAGGGGAACUGCUAUGGAUAUUUUGAUAGGAAACUAACUUGGGAUGCUGCUGAGCUUGAGUGCCAAAGCUUUGGUCCAGGAUGUCAUCUCGCCUCUAUUCUCAGCCACCAAGAGUCCUCGCUGGUGUCUGCAUACGUCAAAGACAAACAGAACAAAAAAGGCCAUGUCUGGAUGGGACUCCGUGAUGUCUCUGGGAAAGGGCGAUGGAGAUGGGCUGAUGAAUCCACCUUCAACUACGACGCCUGGAUGCCAAAGCAGCCAGACAACCAUGGAAAUAAGGAGCACUGUGCGGAGCUGUCAUCUAGCACCAAUUUUAAAUUGUGGAACGAUAGGAUAUGUACCUUUCUAAAUGCCUACAUCUGUAAGUACCAGCUGUAGAGCUAUCUGGAAGAAAGUAACCGGGAUGCAACCAGAACCGACUGCAAAAUAUCUGCAAAUUUGAUCGACACCCUGUUGAUUUUACUGGAUCUGAUCAGAUAUUCUCCCUUCCUCGCCAACAUUUCCUCUUAGCAUAGACGACGUCACCAUUACCCUGUUCUCCUGACUUUUCUCAAUGGAAAUAGAAUAUGAAUAAAUUCUCUG